GAAGUGGAUCGAAUUUGUCAUUUAAUGCUUUUGGAUCUCAUCAAUCAAACGAAAGCCUCUACUAAACCAUGAGGAGUUUAUUGAUCGGAUUUUGUGAAUAUGGUUCAUAAUUUUUUUUUCUUCUGUCUGUGGAUUUGGUUCUCACAUGGUGUGUUUGGUGAUAAAGAUGCAGUUAAAUCAGUAUUUGUGACUGAGGGAGAUUCUGUCACUCUAAACACUGAUGUUGAAGUACAAAAAGAUGAUCGGAUUCUGUGGACAUUUAAAAUUGACAAUUCUGACACUGUUAUAGCUGAAAUCAACUAUAUAGAUGACAGUACUGUGGCAUUUAGAGACAGAGUCCAGAUGGACAGUCAAACUGGAUCUCUGACCAUCAGAAACAUCAGAACUGAACAUUCUGGACUUUAUAAACUACAGAUCCUCAUAAACAAAAUAAUCUCACAUAAGAGUUUUACAGUUGCUGUUUAUGCUCCUCUUCCCAUUCCUGUCAUCACCAGAAACACUUCAAACUGUUCACCUUCUAAACGUUCAUCAGUGUCCAAAUGUUCAUUGCUGUGUUCAGUGGAGAACAUGAGUGAUGUGAGUCUCUCCUGGUACAAAGGAAACAGUUUAUUGUCCAACAUCAGUGUGUCUGAUCUCAACAACAGUCUCUCUCGACCUCUGGAGGUGGAAUAUCAGGAUAAAAACACCUACAGCUGUGUGAUCAACAAUCCCAUCAACAACCAGACUCAACAUCUCAACAUCAGUAAACACUGUCACACAUGUACAGGUAUGUCUGCGGUAAUAUUAGUGAUUAUAUUUUCAGUGAUUAAAGAUUUUGUUUAA